UCAAAAAGGAGGACGCUGGUGUGGCCAUGCAGCGGCUGCUUUGUCUCUUUUCCUCCCCUCCUCCAUCCUUGGGAGGAAUCCGAAGACUGCGGGCGAGACGAAGCCCGAGCAGACGCCGAUCUUUCUUUCGAGGGGAAAGAAGCUCAGCUUCGGUGCAAAGGACAUCAACAAAGAUGGGAAGGGGUAAGAUUGAGAUCAAGAGGAUCGAGAACACCACAAACCGACAAGUGACGUUCUGCAAGCGCCGGAAUGGGCUGCUGAAGAAAGCCUACGAACUGUCUGUGCUUUGCGAUGCGGAGGUCGCCCUAAUCGUGUUCUCCAGCCGCGGCAGGCUAUAUGAGUACGCCAAUAACAACAUAAAAUCAACGAUCGAGAGGUACAAGAAGGCAUGCGCUGACAGUUCGAGUUCGGGUGCCAUUGUGGACGUCAAUUCUCAGCACUACUAUCAGCAAGAAUCUGCCAAACUUCGCCACCAGAUCCAGAUAUUACAGAAUGCGAAUCGGCACUUGAUGGGCGACGCUUUAAGUUCUCUUAAUGUAAAGGAGCUCAAGCAACUAGAAAACCGACUUGAAAGAAGCAUCACAAGGAUCAGAUCGAAGAAGGUAAUCUGCUACAGACAACUUAUUGCAUCUUGUCGUCUCCGAGUACUGAUACAUUUUCCUAUCAUGAAGCAUGAGCUGCUGUUUGCAGAAAUCGAGUAUAUGCAGAAAAGGGAAGUGGAGCUUCAAAGUGACAACAUGUACCUCAGAGCCAAGAUAGCAGAGAACGAACGAGUGCAGCAACUGAGCAUCGUGGAAGCCGGCGCGGAGUACGAUGCUAUUCCAGGAGCAUUCGACUCUAGGAACUACUACCACGCGAACAUGUUGGAGGCAGCAGCUCACUACUCGCAUCACCAGGACCAGACAGCCCUGCAGCUCGGCUACGAGACCAAGGCGGAUUCAGCGGCGUGAAGUGGAGCUGCCGACGACAUUUGCUCCGCCUAAUGUUUUUAUUCAUGGUCAGAACUGUCUCCGGAAAGACUUGGCUUUUUCCCUGACACACACGCAGCUGCUUACUAUUACGUGCUUUGACGUAUGGACGUAUCUCAUGUGGGACUAGAAUUGCCUGUUGCAUAUAUGCAUAUACCGACCGUAAGAAGAAG